UUGGUGGCGCCGCCCGCUUCCUGUCCGGUGGCUUUUGCUUCCGGGGCAGGGUCGUCCCUUGAGGAACAUCUGUGGGGGGAGGGCGAGGAAAGGCGGGCCGGGACGGAGGGGGACUGUUCUUGCCUAAGAUCUAACACGAAGCAGGAACUCUGGAUCACGUAGAAUCUGCAUCAGCCAUUGAGGCGACACUGAGGAUGGAAGGAGUUGAACUUAAAGAAGAGUGGCAAGAUGAAGACUUUCCAAGACCUCUACCAGAAGAUGACCAUAUUGAUGAUAUGUCAGAUCCUGCUGAAAGAGGGGACCAACCUGAAGUGAAUGGCAACAAAGUUAAGAAGAAACUAUUGGCUCCAAAUAUAAACUUAACUCUGGAUUGCAGUGAAGAAUCAAUUUUGUCUGACUUGGAUGAGAGCGGGGAUAUUGAUCUGGACGAUAUGGACACACCGUCUGAAAAUAGCAAUGAGUUCGAAUGGGAAGAUGAUCUUCCAAAGCCAAAAACUACAGAUGUGAUUCAAAAAGGAUCGUUACAAGAAUAUGCAGCAUCAGAUGAAAAAGAGGAGGAACGGCGAUGGCGGAUGUUUCGGAUUGGAGAACAAGAUCACAGGGUGGAUAUGAAGGCAAUUGAGCCAUAUAAGAAAGUUAUCAGUCAUGGAGGUUAUUAUGGUGAUGGGUUAAAUGCAAUCGUUGUAUUUGCAGUUUGCUUCAUGCCGGAAAGCGGGCAGCCAAACUACAGAUACUUAAUGGAUAAUCUCUUUAAGUAUGUUAUUGGCACACUAGAAUUGUUAGUAGCAGAGAACUACAUGAUCGUUUACCUAAAUGGUGCAACAACACGGAGGAAGAUGCCUAGUCUAGGCUGGCUCAGGAAGUGUUACCAACAGAUUGAUAGGAGGUUAAGGAAAAACCUGAAAUCAUUAAUAAUUGUUCAUCCUUCCUGGUUCAUUAGAACACUUCUGGCAAUCACAAAACCUUUUAUUAGCUCAAAAUUCAGCCAAAAAAUCAGAUAUGUCUUUACUUUGGCAGAGCUGGCAGAACUCGUCCCCAUGGAAUACGUUGGCAUACCUGAAUGCAUAAAACAGUAUGAAGAAGAAAAAUUUAAAAAGAAACCCAAAAGGUAUAUGCACAUCUUGAUCAGGGCUGUAUCUAAUCUAGCCAACUUUGCACUGUGCUGAAUGUUGGGAUAUAUUUGGCUUGCUGGGCUGCCUGCUGCUUGUAUGAAUGAACAUGCACCCAUUGUGCCAUCGUGUGGUGUGGGUGUCUCUGGCUAGCUUAUGCUGUGCUGUUCACAUAAUGUUGUGCAAAUGGCUCGUUGCUUCAGAAGGAAGCCGAGUAGCCAAAAGGCUAAAGCAUUUGCUGUCUAAUUAUAGCGCUAAACCUAGAACUACAAUUUUCCGCUUUAGGAAGUUGGAGAGCAAUUGCUGCAAAAUACAUUCUUAAUUCUAGGUGGAGAGUGACUGUGACUCAGCAGUCACUGAAGUUCAAAAUUGCUUUAAUUUGCAUUGUCACAGUCUAAACUGGCUGAACACCAUAAAGGGGAAGAGGGCUUUGUACUGCCUGUAUUUGCUAUGUCUUUUUCUUUUUUUCUUUUCUCUUAUCCAUGCAUGCCGGGGUUCUCUGGUGCUCAAGAAGUGCAUGGCCUGCUAAUAAACGUAUCUCAGCAACUUCUUCACUUCACAAAAUAUUGUCCAGUCCAGAGCACCAACUGCUACUCUUGCCACUAACAAUUUCACUUGAUCCAGAAUGUGCCCAUGCUGUAUAAUGAUUCCAAAUGCCUAUUUGUGAAGAUGAUUUUUUUGGGGGGAGGGGUUGUUCCCUUGCAAAGAAGGGAGCAAACUGCUACUUAGCAAGACAGACCUACUCUCUCUUCAGAGCUAUAUCACAAAACAAAAGGAUAAAUCUGGGGAAGGGGCUAUGCGUACAUCAGGAUUCUGAAACAGAUUGCAAAAAUGCUUCCCCACAUUUAAUUCAACCCUUUGUAGCAUUAGAAGGAAUUUGCGCAGCCAGUCUGUAUGGGUUGCACACAAGGUUUUUGCAUCAGGCACAGCAUUGCUUUGAGGCAAAGCUCAGCUUUUGGUGUCUGAACUGCCCAGCAGUGCUGCCCUUUCCCCUUAAAAUGAAACUUGGACUACAUUUAAAAUGAGCUCCCUGAAAUCCACUGCUCAUUUGCUGUGUUGGUCUUUGCCUCCACAACUGCCAUUCAUUGACCCGGUUUGCAUGUAAUGUCACGCCGUGGCUGAGAGUGAGUGUACUCAAGGGAAGGCCACAGGUGCUUUGCUUCUCUCCUGGUCCUGGAACCCUGAGCUAAGCCAUGGUUUUUCAUAACAUUUGCAUUCAUACCUGUGCUUAUAGUUUGUCUUUCUCCUGAUGAACCAUGAGCUGCAGCUAAGGUUUGAUUUUUGGGAAGGUGCAGAGCGGCCACAGUUUCUAAUGGGAGUAUCUGCAUGCUUAUGCAUUCACGCUUAGCCAUGGUUUGACUUAAUGCUGCAUGCAAACUGGGCCUUUGACUUAACACACAGACCCCCAAUAAACUUCCCACUGUUGUGGAGGAGGAGGUUCUUCACCAUAGCUUAAACCAGGGAGAGGUGGAAUAAGAGAUUUGAUACCAUUUUCUUGGAGCAGUGAAGGGUUUCAAACAUUGAUAUUUGGAAGACCUCUGAUUUGCUGCUUCUGCCUUUCCUCUAAAAAUCUGACGUAACUUAAAUAUUAAACUUCACCACCAACUGUGGAAAGGAGAGGGAAAUACAUGUGAGGAAGAGAACAGGCUUCAUACCAAAUCAAAUCAUUAGCUCAUCUCGGUCAGUAUUGCCUACACUGGCUGGCAGUAGCUCUUUAAGAUUUAAGGCAAAAGACAUGCCCAGCCCUAUCUGGAGAUGCUUGUGAUUCUGCACGCAAAGCAGGUGCUCUGUCACUGAGCUGCAGCCCUGUCCCAGCAAGACUAGUUAGGAACUUAGUAUGGAUGCAACAGUUCCAAAACUUGGCAUGCCUCAUUGGCUGCCUAUCAGUAAAUUAAGAAAUUAGUUUUUUUCAAGGCAAAAAUACCCUUUAUAAAGUUGACUUUCUUGGAGCCCUAGACAUCUAGAUAUACUAACUGUAAGGAACGUUUCACACCACUAUAUGCUGGCCAAGCUGAGUUUGCCACAAGCGUCUACACUCAACAUGGAGCUCCAGUGACCCCAAGUACAUGUUGAGUUAACAGGGAGAGAUGUCAUUAUACACAAACCACUAGGGAUUUCAUUCAGUAGGGUCACGUGCAAUGAUUCAGUUCUGUGUGGUUGUAGGUCUUGGUCUGAAUAAAUUGAGGAUAAAUGAAGGAAGUGGUAUCUUCACUGCUUUUUUCCCGGGGGGACGCAGGGGUACGCAUACCCCAAACAUUUUGUGAAUCUCAGUUUGGCCCCAUUGAGGCGCAGUAUUUCAAUAUGAGUAGGAAAAUGAGAGUACACCAAAAGAUUUUUUAAAGAAAAAAGGCACUGGGUAUCUUACUGUAUUGUGGUCUAUUUUUUCAUUUUCCUGUUAAUUGUCAUUUUUAAAAAGUCACAUUGUAUUCUCCUUACAAGUUCUAAUUCAUUAUUCUGGGGGGAACUUGCUUCUGUACUUGUGCCUAACAGUUUUGCUACAAUUGCAAAGUAGUAAGCAUUACUCUCCCCCGCCAAAGAAUUUUAAAUUUCUACACCCUGGUUGAAAUUAGAGUUUAACAUUUCACUCCCCACCCCCACCCCCUUCUGUCUGAU